GCAAAUCAUUCGACUUCUGAAGUUGAAACCCACAGCACCUCUUAGCAUAUUCCAGCACCAAACUCCUUGCUCCUCCAAGCGAAAGACAUUUGGAUAUACCAGCGCAACCAGAGAAGAGUUGAGAGUGAAACGCAAAAUGCAGACUCAGACACACACCACCACAGACCGACAUGGCUAUAGCCUGCGCUUUUCGCCUUUCGAGGCUAACUAUUUGCUGCUAGCUACAAGCCAAAUGUACGGUCUCGCUGGAGGUGGUUCCCUCUUCCUGCUCGAACAGAACGCCAACGCAACCGCCUCAGAUGGCCAGAGCCUGGGGGAGCUGUGCCGUCUGGAGUGGUCCGACGGCCUGUUCGACGUGGCCUGGUGUCCCUAUGCCGCCGACAUCGCGGCCACCGCCUCCGGGGACGGGUCGCUCCAGAUCUGGUGCGGACUGGACGGCGAGUCGGCGGCCAACCAGCAGACGCCGAAGCAGCCGCUGAUCUGUUUGCAGGAGCACAAGAACGAGGUGUACAGCCUGGACUGGGGCGAGAAGUGGAACUACCACACGCUGCUUUCGGCCAGCUGGGACUGCACCCUGAAGUUGUGGGACUGCAACAGACAGAACUCCAUCACGACCUUCGUGGGCCACAACGAUCUGAUCUACGGGGCCAAGUUCUCGCCACUGAUCGCGAACCUCUUCGCCAGCGUAAGUACCGAUGGGCAUUUGAACUUAUGGAAUUCUCUUGAUUUUGCAGGUAAACCCCUGAUGAGCAUCGAGGCCCAUGCCAGCGAGGCCCUCUCCUGCGACUGGUCGCACUUCGACCGCAACGUCCUGGUCACCGGCGGUUCGGAUGGCCUGAUCCGGGGAUGGGAUCUGCGCAAGAUGCGGACGCACGUCUUCGAGCUCUACUCCGGGGAAUUCGCCGUGCGGCGUUUGGCCUGCUCACCGCACUCGGCAGCGGUCUUGGCAUCCGCCAACUACGAUUUCACCACACGGAUUUGGAAUCUAGAGCGUGGCGAAUCCGCCCAAGAGAUCAAUGCGCAGCACACGGAGUUUGUAUGCGGAGUGGACUGGAAUCCCCACAGGAUCCAUCAGCUGGCCGACUGCGGCUGGGAUUCGCUGGCCAAUGUGUAUACCCCUCAGUGCCUGAGUGGCGAAAUGGCCGCCUAGGGUAUCACUAGGGUAUCAACUGGAAACUGGAACUGGUACUCCCUAAAUACCGCCAACACAUGUGAUAAGGCGCUAGUGGCGUCGAAAUAGCCAGGCCUACAAACGGUGCACCGCCAACAUAUAUAGCUGAGCUAUACCAAAUGCCUUUAAGGAACUCUAUGGAACUCUAUGGAACUCUAAGGACAAGGACCCGAUGCCAAGGACUCAUCUGCGGCGAUGACGUGUAAAUAGUUGUGUGAUAAACGCUGAACGGGCGAAACUUCAAGCAGGUGCUUCAAAUGUCAAUAAAAGCUUACAUAUAUUAUGCGGAUUAUACAAAUUAUACGAAUUAUGUGGGCUUUGCCUUGGCUCUCUGCUGUUAUUAUGCCCUU